UUCAUCAAUGAACAGUUCCAAGUGUGCGUGUCCUUACGAAGUGUUUGUUUUGAUUCGAUAACACGAUUUUUUUCGGCAGAAAAGAAAAAAACCCGGUCUCUCAACUGCAACACAUGUUGGCUGCUGCUGUCUCCGGUUUAAAUAUUUCUGCUCAGAAUGAAUUUCAUUCGAACGAGGUCUUCUGUGCUGCUUGGUAGUAUUCACCGCAGUUCGUAUUCUUGCUUUACGCCUGUGGGUUCCACGAGUAUUUCUAAUCGUUCGACUGAUAACAAACAAUCACUUCCUAAUAUUUGCUCUGUACGGCUCUUUUCAAAUUCACCAUCAAGCAGAAUGAAAUUUGUCCAGUUCAACACCGGUUCCGACAGCAAGCAGCGGCUUGGUGUGCUGUCAUCGGAUGGCACCAAAGUUGCCGACAUAUCGAACAGCUUCUCCGGUGAUCUGAUCACUCUAAUAAAAUCGGGUACUUCGUUGGAUGCAGUUAAGGCAAAGGUGGAAAAAGCAAGCAACAUCCCUUUGGCAGAUGUUCGCUUACUGUCACCGGUAACCAACCCUCAGAAGAUUCUUUGCGUUGGACUGAACUAUCGGGGACACUGCGAAGAGCAGAACAAACCCAUCCCGAAGGAGCCGAUGUUUUUCAGCAAAUAUGCAUCGACCAUCGUGGGACCGUUCGACGGGGUGAUUGCACACAGUAUCACCGAUCAAAUCGACUGGGAAGUUGAGCUGGCAGUCAUCAUUGGAAAGGAAGCGAAGCAUGUGUCUCGUGCGAAUGCCAUGGAUUAUGUGUUCGGUUACACGGUGGCUCAAGAUAUCUCCGCUCGGGACUGGCAAAAGACCCGCAAUGGGGGACAAUUCCUGAUCGGUAAAUCAAUGGACACUUUCUGUCCGUUAGGCCCAGCUGUGGUGCACAAGUCGGUCGUUUCGGAUCCAUAUAAUCUGGUUAUCAAAUGUUCUGUAAAUGGUGUGGAAAAGCAAAAAGGAAAUACUAACGAAUUGGUAUUCAGAAUAGAUGAUAUUAUCGAACGGGCGACACAAUCAAUUACGCUUGUGCCUGGGGACGUCAUUCUCACUGGAACUCCGGCCGGCGUCGGUAUGCACCGUAAUCCACCGGAGUUUCUCAAAGUUGGGGAUGUUAUCGACAGUGAAAUCGAAACGAUUGGACAAAUCAAGAACAAAGUCACUGCUGAUCAGUAACAAUGAUCACCACAAGUGUUAAGUUUGUCAAUAAAUUUUUAUUAAAUUUAUCAA